AUGGAUUCGUAUUUUUAUGCGCGUGGUGAAAGUCCUUUCGAUUUGAGUUCUGAUUAUUUCUCAUUGUGGCAACGAGAUAGGACAUGUAGUGUGGACUCGGAGACUGACCCCUUUGCGGUCCAGAGCCCGCUAACUGGCUCCAGCCCGGAGGCACUCAACUCGGUCUCCGGUGGCGGCGACCAAGGGAUAGACAUUGCUAUGGAACUAUUGAAACUAACUGAGAAUUUAGAUUCACCUAUACGCUUCAACACGAGAAGGACACAAUCAUUUUUGGACGAAUUUGAACAUAAUGGUCUGACCACAGAAGUGAAUUCACCACCCAACCCCUCGCCUAACCAUGUGUCCCGACCACGCCCAGUCAUGCCAGUCCAACCAGCGGAGGAACUAAAAGCCGCACCAGAAAUACAGGAGCAAAAUGUGACGCAGACUUUCAAGAUCAACGCCAUUCGAAAAAGGGACAUACUUUGCCCAUUUUGCCGCCAAAAUGGGGAGUGUCCAACAGUCUACAGAAGCCACGCGCUACGGAACGCAGAUGGUAAAAUAACGUGUCCACUUCUUAGGAAAUACAUCUGCCCUAUUUGUGGCGCAACCGGCGACAGCGCGCACACCAAGAAAUACUGCCCGCAGGCGACGAAGGAGUUAUUGGAAGCGUUCAAAGCAUCACCACUAACCUUCACCAGACACCUUACCCCGGCCAUCCCGACACCAGGAUGCUCACAGAUGAGAGUCCAAUACGUCCCAUUCGUCCCAGUGACCUAUACGUGGGUGUAUCGCCACAUGAUCCCCGGCCCGCCGCCUCCCAUGAUGAGCCAAUGCCAGAUGAGCAGCGGUCCGAUGCCCACGCCUGCCUUCCAAAUGCCCAUUCCAGUGUCGUGCAGCGGCAUGCUCAAGGCACCGGGUCCAGGGCCGAAAAUAAUGUAG